ACGCGACGGGAUCACCCCGUCCCUUGGGAACGCCCUCUCCCACAUACCACCUCUCUGUCCCGCUGCUUUAUUCCCUCCCCCGCAGAAGAACCCUCUCCAUCUUCUUCUUCUUCUUCUUCUUCUUUUCUGGCGGAUGAUGGUGGGGAUGGAUCCGUAUGACGCGUCGUUCUGGAUGGACUUCCUGCGGGGGAUGCUGAAGCCGGUGGCGGCGCUGGCGGUGGUGCUCAUGGCGGUGGCCCUCUCCUUCACCCAGAAGCUCAAGCUCGAGGGCGAGAUAGUCUACGCCAUCGCCCGCGCCUUCCUCCAGCUCUCGAUCAUCGGCUUCGUCCUCCAGUUCAUCUUCACCCAGAAGAACGCCGUCUGGAUCAUCCUGGCCUACUUGUUCAUGGUAUCUGUUGCUGGCUAUACAGCAGGUCAGCGUGCCAAGCAUGUGCCUCGAGGAAAGUACAUAGCUGGAAUCUCCAUUUUGGCUGGCACAGCAGUGACGAUGCUCCUGCUUGUUGUGCUCAACGUCUUCCCCUUCACUCCACGAUACAUCAUUCCUGUGGCCGGCAUGAUGGUUGGUAACGCCAUGACCGUAACCGGGGUCACCAUGAAAAAGCUACGAGAAGAUGUUAAAGUGCAGAAGAACCUGGUGGAGACAGCGCUGGCUCUCGGUGCAACUCCUCGCCAAGCAACGUAUCAGCAGGUCAAGAGGUCUCUGGUGAUUGCGUUGUCCCCUGUCAUAGACAACGCCAAGACAGUGGGACUCAUCUCUCUCCCAGGUGCCAUGACUGGCCUCAUCAUGGGCGGCGCGUCACCAUUGGAGGCGAUCCAGCUUCAGAUUGUUGUCAUGAACAUGCUUAUUGGGGCGUCCACGGUCAGCAGCAUCUCGUCGACCUACUUGUGUUGGCCUGCUUUCUUCACGAAAGCUUACCAGCUGGAAUACAAGGUCUUUGCCACUGAUUAAGUAUGAACUCUGUUUUCUUUUCACCGUGGAAAAGUAUUUGUUGUCCCUGUUGUACUUGAUGUUGAUGCAAUUAGAUGAAUGUAGAAUGCUGAAUUUUUGCUUUGCAAGGUGCUGUGUUCUUGGGUUUCAA